AUGGAUAAUAAAGAGAAUGAGAAGUAAGCUAAAUUAAAGGAAUUUCAAAGAAGAUUUCCAAACUAUAUGAAUGGUAAGAAAGUGAUAUUUCCAAUAAUGGAUGAGAUAAUAGUUCAAUUUUCACAAAUAUUUCCAUAGAGUAAUUAAUUCGGUAAAAUGAGAGAGGGGAAUGUAAUAAAGACAUUUUCCCCAAUUCCUUUGAAUCAAUAAAUAGAAAUAACAACAUUUAUAAAUGCUUUUCCUUAUAAUUAGUAAUUUGCAGCAAUGUCUGAUAGUUAAAAUUAGUUUUAAUUACUUCUUUCACCUUUGUUGAAAUUAACUGGACAUUUAAUAAAAGACUUUCAUACAAAUGCUACAUUUUCAAAUAGUUAUUAAUAUUCAACAUUUGAUACAUAGGAACAAUCUGAUCGUAUUAAUUUUAAAUUGACUGCAUUUAUUAUAGAGGAUAUAUUUAAGUAUAAAAUGGGUUUAUUAAAACCAAUAGAUAUAGUAAAGUAAAGAUAAGUUAAAGAUGAGAUAAAAAAGAAGGGAAACAAGCCAUAAAAAAUAAGUUUAUUAUCUAUGGUUGAAAAAUAAUAGUAAGAAGAAGAGAAAGAUUUAAAUUAAGAUUUAGCAAUAUAGAGUUAGAAAUAUGAAUUUGAGAAUUAUUUGGAUCCUACUUGUUAAUUUUUUUGGAAGAUAGCUUAUGAAUCAUUUAAUAAGAUAAUAAAAAAAUCUUAGAGAACAAAAUUAUAGGAUAUGGAUCUUGAAUAGGAAUCAGAUGAAUAACCAGAUACAACUUAGAAUGUGAAUACAAAUAAAGGAACAUUAAAUUAAGAUAAUAUUGAGAUGAGAAGAUAGUAAAUAAUUAAUAAAUACUAAUAACUUAGUAAGUUGAAGGAUUAGAAUAAGAAGAAAAGUAAAAUAACAAAACAAUACUCUUAGAUUAAAUCAUUUAAGAUAAAAGAUAAAUAUACAGAUAUAGAAAUGAUAAGAUUCAAUAAUCUAUUUAAGUUUUUGAUUCAGAAUUGGCCAUCAAUGUUAUUGUAAUCAAUUAAAUUGCCUUAUGUUUAAUCAUUAUUUUCAGAUUAGGAAUUGAGAAACAUAAAGAGUAUUGGUUAGAAUGAAUUAGGUUAUUUUGGAUUAAAGGCCAAAUAGAGAGCAGAUAUAACUAGCAAUUUAAUAGAGGGAGUACGUGAGACUGAUAGUUUUAAAAUAAUAAUUGAAUAUAGAUAAGAAGUUACUGAAGCAGUUGGAUUAGUAUUAGAAAAUGUUUAAGAUGAAUUAAAUAAUAUCAAUCAGUAAUUAUAAAAGAAAGAUAGUUAAUUUACAUAAUAAUAGUAAUAACAAUAUCGAAAAAUAUAUAAAUAAUAUCUUUAAUUAGUUGAAUUUAGUAGACUUUUUAUUAAUGGAUGUUUAUAUUUAGGAUCUGAUAUUCAUGGAUUUGAUUACCAUAUAUUUUCAAAUGAUAUUGAUCAUAUAUAUUAAAAUAAUGGUUCUGAAUGGAGAGUAUUAGAUGAAAAUUAAGUUUAAUAAUUAUUUAAAACAUUAAAUGUUUGUGGUGUUAAAGAAAGAGAAUUAUAAACAAAUAUUUAGAAAUUAAUGGCAUGCGAGUUAUUUAAUGAUUAAGAUACAAAAGAAUUGAUUAAUAUUAAAAAUGUUGAUUAAACAUAAUUAUAGGCUGGUAAUAGAAGUCCAAAAUAAUUAAUUGUUAAAAUAUUAUUAGAAGUUGUUUAAAAAUAUACUGAUAUUUUAAUGGUAAGAAAAUUAAGAUGGGAAUCAUUUAAAAUAAGAGAGAAAUUUUAAAAUACUAUUAAAACACUUGAAAAUCCUUUAGAUAUGGUUGAUUUUAUGAAGAUUUUGAUUGAAUAAUUUGAAACUGCAUAAGUAUUAGUAAUAGAUUAAUAAAAAAUGUAAAAUGGAAGUUAAUAUGAUUAAAAAGUUUUAAAAGAGUUUUAAUAAAGAAUAAGAGUAUAUGAAAAUAAAUUAUAAGGACUAAAGGAACCUGAAAAAAUAUUGUUUUAUGAUAGUUAAUUAUUUUAAAUGAUGGAAUCAAAGGAACACAUUAAACCUAAUGGAGUUAAAUUUAAUACAAAAUUUUGGUAAUAAAGUUUAGGAGUAGAAGUAAAAGAAGCAUUAAUGAAUUUUGCAAAUAAAGUUGAUAAAGAUCAUUAAUAAUAUGAUGUUGUAUUUAUGGCUAGUAUUUUAUUAUUGGCAGUUUAGGAAUAUGAACUUUCAAGUUCUAUUCAAGAUAAUGAAGAUGAUGAAUUACUUAAAUAAAUAGUAAAAGAAGUUAAAUUUGAUAGUCAGAACUUUUCAUAAAAAAAUGAUAAUCAUUAAAACAAUAAUUAAAUUAUAGAAUUAGAUUGA